AUCCCAUCCAAUUGUAUUAAUGGCCACCCCGCCCAAAUGUAAAAGACUUCCCCCCACUUCAACGUGCUCUUGCCUUCCUCUAUUAUUGUCACAAACCAAUCAAAUCACACUGAAUUUAUAGAGAGAGAAAGAGAAAUUUAGAGAGAGAAAGUUUAUAAUGGAAGUUGCAGCUGGGGUGAUGAAAAAGGAGAAGAUGGUGUUUGAUGAAACUGAACUGCGGUUGGGAUUGCCUGGAAAUAUUGGAGCUGGAAAAGUAACAGAAGUAGUUGCAAGGAAGAGAGGUUUCUCUGAAACUGAGAGUGAAAGUGAUCAAACAAACACUGUGGAUUUGAAGCUUAAUCUCUCUUCCAAAGAAGGAGCAGCAGAUCCAAUUGAGAAGACUAAGGAGAAGACUCUUCUGCUCUCUGAUUCUGGCGCCAAGCCACCUGCUAAGGCGCAAGUGGUCGGCUGGCCACCAGUGCGGUCUUACCGGAAGAACAUGUUUGCAGCUCAAAAGAGCAACAAAGGAUUAGAGGAAAGUGAGAAGACCACCACUAAUCCAAUAAGCUUUGUGAAAGUUAGCAUGGAUGGUGCACCUUACCUCCGCAAAGUAGAUCUCAAGAUGUACAAGAGUUACCCAGAGCUCUCUGAUGCCUUGGCCAAAAUGUUUAACCUCUUUACCAACGGAAAUUGUGAAUCCCAAGGCACUAAGGAUUUCAUGAAGGAGAGUAAUAAGGUGAUGGAUCUAUUGAACAGCUCCGACUAUGUCCCAACUUAUGAAGACAAGGAUGGUGACUGGAUGCUUGUCGGUGAUGUACCAUGGGAGAUGUUCAUUGAAUCAUGCAAGCGUUUACGUAUCAUGAAAGGAAAAGAAGCUGUUGGACUCGCACCAAGAGCUAUGGAAAAAUGCAAGAACGGGAGCUAGCUAGGCUAGUUUUUAUUCAGUUCAUAACAUGCUGCAUAAUUGACUUAGUAACUGAAGCAAGCUAGGUUAAGUAAGCUGCAGCAGUAUGGACUCAUCACAAGGGUGUUGAAAAUAUAUAGAUAAUUUUGUGUAUUGUAAUAUUAUGGUUUGUUAUAUUAUAUUUCAAACAAACUAAGCUUUGAGAUGUCUAAUUAUAAAUUAUGAACAGAAACAAACGAUAAUGACUCUAAAUUAUGUGUUUCUGUUGCAAGGUACCUUUAUUUAUAUUUA